AGUCUCAGCGGGGCUCAGUAGCUGGCUUCCCAGCUAAGCCAAGCCAGGCAGGGCUACCCUUGGCAGGUGGUACAGAAUGGAGCUGCGACCCUACCAGUGGGAGGUGAUCAUGCCUGCCCUGGAGGGCAAGAAUAUCAUCAUAUGGCUACCCACGGGCGCUGGGAAGACCCGGGCGGCUGCUUAUGUGGCCAAAAGGCAUCUUGAGACCGUGGACGGAGCCAAGGUGGUCGUACUGGUCAACAGGGUCCACCUGGUGACGCAGCACUGUGAGGAGUUCAGGCGCAUGCUGGAUGGGCGCUGGGCCAUUACAACCCUGAGUGGGGACAUGGGGCCCCGGCCCGGCUUCAGCCACGUGGCCCAGAGGAAUGACCUGCUCAUCUGCACGGCCGAGCUGCUGCAGAUGGCCCUGACCAGCCCUGAGGAGGAGGAGCACGUGGAGCUCAAUGCCUUCUCUCUCCUCGUGGUGGACGAGUGUCACCACACGCACAAAGGCACCGUCUACAACAGCAUCCUGAGCCGGUACCUGGAGCACAAAUUCAGGGGCACACGGCAGCUGCCCCAGGUGCUGGGCCUCACGGCCUCCCCAGGCACCGGCAGGGCCACCAAACUCGAUGGAGCCAUUGACCACAUCCUGCAGCUCUGUGCCAACCUGGACACGUGGCGCAUCAUGUCACCGCAGAAGCACCUGCCCGAGCUGCAGGAGCACACCCGCCAGCCCUGCAAACAGUACGACCUCUGCCACAGGCGCAGCCAGGACCCGUUUGGGGAAAUGCUGAAGAAGCUCAUGGAACAAGUACACGACCACCUGGAGAUGCCUGAGUUGAACCAGAACUUCGGGACGCAGAUGUACGAGCAGCAGGUGGUGGAGCUGAGCCAGGCCGCCGCCGAGGCCGGGCUCCUGGAGCGGCGGGUGUACGCGCUUCACCUGCGACGCUACAACGACGCGCUGCUCAUCCAUGACACGGUCCGUGCUGUGGACGCCAUGGCUGUGCUGCAGGAUUUCUAUGACGGGGAGCGAGCCACCAAGACCCAGUUCCUGCGUGCUGAGCGCUGGCUGCUGACGCUGUUCAAUGACCACAAGAACAAGCUGGCCCUCCUGGCCGCUCACGGCCCAGAGAACCCGAAACUGGAGAUGCUGGAGCAGAUCCUGCAGGAGAAGUUCGGGAGCUCCGGCAGGCCCCGGGGCAUCAUCUUCACCUGCACCCGCCAGAGCGCGCACUCCCUCCUGCUCUGGCUCCAGCAGCAGCCCGCUCUGCAGGCGGUGGACAUCAGGGCCGAGCUGCUGAUUGGGGCUGGGCACAGCACCCAGGGCAUCCAUAUGACCCAGAAGGAACAGCAGGAUGUGAUUCGCAAGUUCAGGGAUGGCACCCUCAACCUCCUGGUGGCCACGAGUGUGGCGGAAGAGGGACUGGACAUCCCCCAGUGCAACGUGGUCGUGCGCUAUGGGCUCCUGACGAACGAGAUCUCCAUGGUCCAGGCAAGGGGUCGAGCUCGGGCCGACAAGAGUGUCUACUCGUUCGUGGCAAUCCAGGGCAGUCGGGAGGUGCGGCGGGAACAGACCAACGAGGCACUGGAGACUCUGAUGAAACGGGCCGUGGCUGCCGUGCAGGAGAUGGACCCGGCUGAGUACCAGGCCAAGAUCCGGGACCUGCAGAGGGAGGCCCUGGUCAGGCGAGCGGCCCAGGCGGCCCAGCAGGACACUCGGCGGCGGCAGUUCCUGGCCGAGCACGUGAAGAUCCUCUGCAUCAACUGCACGGUGGCUGUGGGCUACGGAAGCGACCUGCGGAAGGUGGAGGGCGCCCACCACGUCAACGUGAACCCCAACUUCUCGAUCUACUACAAUGUCUCCACCAAGCCUGUGGCCAUAGACAGAGUCUUCAAGGACUGGAUGCCUGGGGGUGCCAUCAGCUGCAAGAACUGUGGGCAACCCUGGGGUCUGCAGAUGAUCUACAAGUCAGUGAAGCUGCCGGCGCUCAAAGUGUGCAGUGUCCUGCUGGAAACGCCACAAGGACGGGUCCAGGCCAAGAAGUGGUCCCGCGUGCCCUUCCCGGUACCUGACUUCAACUACAUGCAGCACCUGUCGCAACUCUCCCUGGAUUGACCAUUUUGUCCCUGCAGUAUCCAGCUCGGGCUGUAGGGGGCGCGAGAAUCCGCAGCAGCCACCAGCUUCCCCUGAGCAAAGUCUGGGUGCAGGACCCCGCUCCCUGAGUCACCAGCUCGGGACUUCUUGCUGACCGACCACAGAGGAACCCCAGGUGCCCGAGCUGGUUUCGCUUCCCACACUGAGGAACCAGCUGAAGGGCCACAGCCCAGCCCCUGACCCCACUUACACCCACCCAGGAGCUUUCCUACACACUGGAGGGAGUGUGGUUGGGGGCGGGGCGGGGCGGGGGCAGGGCAGAGAACUGAGUCAGGAGAAUGGCCAAACUGUACAGGACAGCGUCCUUGUCCGUGGUCUCGCUUUUGCACUUUGUUAUAAUUAACUGCGGUCCAAAAACUAUUCAGUGGAAAAUUCCAGAAAUAAACAAUUUAUAAGUUUUGAAUUGCA